AUGGUACGCAAGCAGCGCCGUAGCCGUACGGCCUUCACGCAGCAGCAAUUGUCGGCGCUGGAGCGCAGCUUCGCUCGGGCACCCUACCCGGACGUGUGGACGCGUGAGAGUCUCGCGCUCACCACCAACCUACCCGAGGCACGCAUUCAGGACGCAUAUGUUCUCGGCCGCUGCCGCCUGCUGUUGGCCCCUGCAGCCGGGGGCAACUGGACCCACAGCAGUUUUUUGUCGUGGCCCAUGGUACGCAAGCAGCGCCGUAGCCGUACGGCCUUCACGCAGCAGCAAUUGUCGGCGCUGGAGCGCAGCUUCGCUCGGGCACCCUACCCGGACGUGUGGACGCGUGAGAGUCUCGCGCUCACCACCAACCUACCCGAGGCACGCAUUCAGGUCUGGUUCAAGAACCGGAGGGCUAAACAUCGCAAGACGCAGAAGCAGCUGGGCUCCGUGCGCAACAAGUAA